UCUCAUCCUAAAAUAUUCUAGUACCAAGCUGCCAAUACUUUUACAAAAGCAUGUCUAUUCCACCAGAGUCUCCAUGCAGAGGGUGUGCAUCAAGCUUUAAUCAACCUGUAACACAACAAAACAUACAAGAAGCUCAAAAUAUGAUUGACACUGUUCAAACUGUUAAUUGUUUUAGAAGAAACCCUCCUUUAGCAAACAUAGUAUACAGGCCUGGUGUUCUAGACUGUGAUGUCACCCGCCACUUGUUCCGUUGGGACAGGAGACCUUAUCAGGAGGUCUUUCCAAAUGGCUUCCGAGCUGUUCCUGUACCAGGCACUCCAAUUGACACUCUAUAUGAUUUGUAUGACUAUGUUAAUGAUGCUGGUGCACCUCUUAAUACAAAUAGGCCUAGAAGACAUGUCUAUCUUAGCACCACUCUCAGUACGGAUUGGCGUCCAGAGCCUGAUGUAGAAACACUUCCAGGUGGAGGACAGAUCCAAGCUUACCGCUAUGAGAUCUAUGCACCUGGUGGGAUUUGGGUUGCUGCUACACUUACAAAUUACCAAUACCCUUCUCAAGCUGAAGUCUGCUUUGUUGACGGAAUUGCACGUCAAUACAUUCGAUCUGCUCAGUUAUUCACCAUCACACGCCCUCAGUAUAACCCAGCAACACAGCGAGUUCCGCAUCCGAGGUGUCAAAGAGCUGACAACAGUCUGAUAAUAAAUAGGCAUUUCAAUCCAUUGUCUGAUCCCACUACAGACCUACUCUUAAUUCAGAUGCCUGUGUAUUACUACUAUGAUCAAGAUCGUGUCCGAAGAGUACUCAGACAUGAAACCUAUCCACCCCUUCCACCACCAGGUGAAAGACAAAAGAGGCAAGUCUCAAAUACUGACUCUGAGGCUGCCCUUAAGUGGUAUGGCACUGAUGUAACAAAUGCACUUAGCUAUAUAGAUGCUGCAUUUCGUUCAUCAUACACAAACGAAGCUUACAUAUUCAUAAAAAAUGAGUAUGUGCUUUUGAAUUAUGCUCCCCACUCAACAGGCGACAAAAUAUUGAAUGGCCCCCUUCUUAUUUGUGAUGGGUUUCCUUCUCUCAUUGGGACUGCUUUUGGAGAAUAUGGAAUAGAUUCUGCCUUUGAUACAGAUGAUAAUAAGGCAUUUAUCUUCUCUACAAACCUUUGUGCCUACAUGGAUUACGCUCCAAGAACUACCGAUGACAAAAUACUAUCAGGUCCCAUGAAAAUAAGUGACAUGUUUCCCUUUUUCAAGAAUACAGUGUUUGAAAGCGGCAUAGAUACUGCAUUUAGGUCAAGUAUUGGCAAGGAAGUUUACUUAUUCAGAGGCGAUAAAUACGCUCUUAUAAACUAUGAUUCCAAGAAUCUUAUUAACAACAUCCAAAAGAUAACUGAUGGGUUUCCUAGUUUGAUAGGUACGGUCUUUGCAAGUGGAAUUGAUGCAUCUUUUGCUUCUCAUAAGUAUAAUGAGGCUUACAUUUUCAAAGGAGAGUUAUAUGCACUCAUCAACUUCGCACCACACACAACUGAUGACUACUUGGUUGAUGGUAGAGUCAAGCCAAUCCUUCCCAAUUGGCCAUCUCUUCGUAGCAUAUUGCCUCACAAUAAUGCUGGCCUUGAUGAUCACCAUCAUCAGGAUGAGGAUCAUGACGAUGUUUAAAAUGAUAAUGACAAUAUCAUGGUGUGAUUUGAAUAAAGAUUUCGGUUGUUGAAGUUUAUUUACUUUCCUCUCCUUGAAAUAAGUGUGUGGUUCUUUGUUUUCUAUUUCUUUGAUGUAAUGUUUUUUUUAUAAGCUUUCUUGAUGUAAUGUGUGGCUAUGCGAUGGCUUUCUUCAUGUAAUAUAUCCAUAUUUUCUUUUAAGGAUUUUGAGACAGAUUUGAUAGAUAUCACAUUUAAAUAGGGGUGUGAGUUGGA